AAAUUGCGCAUGGCGGCCUGUCAGAUGUUUUUGUAAAUUCGGCUUCGCAAUUUUUAACUGAUUUUUUUGUGUCACUGUGAAAAAUCAACACACUGAAAAUGAGUAGUGAUGUGCCGUCGAGGAAAAUAAAGCGGUUCUCCGAAUCCGACAGGAGCUCGGACUUCGAUGCGGCCACCCAGAAGGUUUUGGAGGAGAUUGAUGUUUGUCAAAACGAAAUUGAUACGAUUAACGAAAAAGCCAGCAUAGAGUUACUCAAAAUCGAACAGAAGUACAACAAGCUGCGGAAACCGUUCUUCGAAAAGCGCAACAACCUGAUCAGCAACAUUCCCAACUUCUGGAUAACGGCUAUUAUGAACCAUCCUGAUUUGAAUGCGCUGCUCGACGACACCGAGGAGGAUUGCCUGCACCACCUCACCAAGCUGGAAGUCGAGGAAUUCGAAGACAUCAAAUCCGGGUACUUCAUCAAAUUUUAUUUCGAGGAAAAUCCUUACUUCGAAAACUCCGUCAUAACUAAGAAAUACCAUCUCGACAGCGCUACCCCUACUUCGGAAAGUACGCAGAUCAUAUGGAAAGAGGGCUGCAGCUUGGGGCAAACCAUCGAAGCGAACCGAACCAAUCGCAAGCGUUCCCACGAGUCCCUCAGGACCUUCUUCAGCUGGUUCAACGACAACGCCGAUGCUUUCACCGAUGACAUCGCGGAGGUGAUUAAAGAUGAUCUGUGGCUGGAUCCCCUUCAAUACUAUCUGGUACCUGACGCCGAAAGGGACGAGAACGGCGUCGAAGGCGAGGAAAGCAGUAGUGAAGACAAUGAAGGAUAAAUCCGUAAAUCAAUUAAGCAAGAUUUAAGCUCACGUUAGCUAUGGUGUUUUAAUUUAUUGUCUCAUUUUGAUUUACUGUUAUUUAAUUAUUACUCGAUUUCUAAGAGUGUUUGAUUGGUUUCAGAGUAAGUUUGGCAUGUAUAUGUUGUGAAAUUUUCAUGUCAAAUAGUUACCAUUGGUGUUUAGUUUAAAAUUUACAGAAUGUUUCAAGGGUGCGGUAAAUUUGGAAGUAACUUAUUCAAGCCCUGAAACGCUCUGUUUAGGAGCAAAAAAACAUGUAUGUUAUAUCAUUGUUGGUGUUGUUUAUGUACCCCACGUUUCUCACCCACUCUUAACGUAUUUAUGCGACUUCAUACUUUUAUUUAUAUUUAAUGGAAAUGUGAACAGGGUCGUUUUAAAUGAUUGAUAGCAAUAUGUCUGCAUCUGGAACUGAAUGCUCAAUAAAUAAAACGCUCCUGAUUGACUAAAUAAUUUUUCUAAUUUGUAUACAUGUCAAAUUCAAACAGUUUAAAUAAUACCGAUAAAAUUGCUAGUCAAAUUUUUAAUUUUGUAAAUAUGAGCAUCAAUAUAUCUGUUGUAAAUUUUACAAACACAAAGUCAUUCUAAUUUUGAACUUUAUAUAUUUGAUUUUACAAUAUCUUAAUUAUUCAAUGUGUUACUGUAAGUUUAUUUACACUGUUUGAAUCUUUUCUUUUCUAUUAAGCCUUAGGAACAGGUGAAUCAUGAAUUUAAGAAAAACUACAUUAAAACAAGAUUACGUAAAUAAUUGUUUAAAAUACAUAAAAAAAUUCAGAAUUCAGAACUAUCACUAUAAUUUACACUCAGAUAAAAUAUUAGUGUGUCAAUGUUGUAGCAACAUAUAUGAAACUUCUGAUUUUUAUUAAAAUUGUUUUAGUUUAAAUUAGAAAUUACGUAUUUUUAAAUAAAUGGGUGAAAG